UGAGAAGACUUGAUUGGCAAUUUCAACUUUUGUUAUAUCAUUAUGUGCUACGGAGUGUUCUUGCAAUUACUCUUGGAAGCAGAAAGGUUAGGGGGAUAUGUUUGCUGGUUUAUUGUAGUUUGCCACGCACACUCGACCUAUUUAGCUCGUGGUGCAUGGUCGUGGUGAAUGAGCACAGCGUCUCCCGCAUUUUGUCAUCCUUGACGUUGUUUUGUUACUAUGAUUGCCAAUUCUUUCAUCCGUGUGCAGUAAUUUUAUCAGUUUGUUCAUUCUUCGUCUACGUGUUACAAAAUAUUUAAUCCGGUUUUCAAUCCAGCGAUAUCCUUGACCUAAUUUAGUUUCACCAGCGUGUACGUUGCAAGGAAUUGGUUCGGGAUCGUCAGUUUCCAUAUUGUCCCUUCUCUUUCAACUAUGAGCAAGUGCCAAUUGUGAUAACCUUGAGCUGCGUGUCCCGAUCAAGGGUCGCGUUGUGGUUCUGCUUUUGGUAAGCCAACCUCGCUGUAGAAAGGAUAAGAACAAGAACAGAGUUGACUGCAGACUGGUGGAGGGGAUGUAGUGAUAAUUUUAACAAGAUGCAUCUGGUCGGUAGCACUGGAAACACUGCCAAUUCGACUCGCCCUCGCAAAGAGCGGCGUAUGACCUAUGUUUUAAGGGAUUCCAAUGACUCCAAGCAUUGUUCAGGAAUUAAUUCUGUAACUGUUCCCAAUGGUUUCAAAGGCGACAAUGAGGGCGAAUAUCUGUUCAGUGCCAGUCGUGAUGGAACCUUGAAGAGGUGGGAACUUGGAGGGGAUGAGGCUGUGUGUGGUGCCACAUUCGAAUCCCACGUUGAUUGGCUGUUUGGUAUUUUUCUGCUGGUUAACGAUGUCGUAGUCACCAGUGAUAAUACUCUUGUAUCCUGCUCCUCGGACACCACACUGAAGACUUGGAAGCCUUUUUCUGACGGCGAAUGUACUCGGACCUUUCGGGAACAUCCUGAUUAUGUGACUUCACUGGCUGCUGCCCGUCAUAAUAAUACAGUGGCUUCUGGUGGGUUGAGUCGAGAGGUUUUCAUAUGGGAUUUAGAAGCUGCUGUGGUGCCGGUUGCUAGAGCGCAAAAUGAUGCCAAUGAGGAUGGAAAUUUUGAACCUUGGCGUGUUUCUGAGAACACGAUAUUUUCAGAUGAUCGUGCAAUCGCCUCGAACAACCAUGUCGCUGCCGCUUCUGUACAGAAAAGUUCACUAGGCUAUGCUCCUCUACCUGCCAAAGGCCACAAAGAGUCUGUAUACGCUCUCUCCAUGAAUGGUAUGGGGACCAUUUUGGUGUCUGGUGGUACAGAAAAGGUUGUCCGAGUUUGGGAUCCAAGAACUGGAUCUAAACAAAUGAAACUAAAAGGUCACACUGACAAUGUUCGAGCUCUACUUCUAGACCCUACUGGCAGACUUUGCUUAUCAGGGUCAUCAGACUCCAUGAUACGGCUCUGGGACUUGGGGCAACAACGUUGCAUUCAUUCUUAUGCGGUUCACAUUGAUUCUGUUUGGGCCCUUGCAAGCACGCCAUCAUUCAGUCAUGUGUAUAGUGGUCGCGACUUCUCUGUAUAUCUCACGGACUUGUCUACUAGGGAAAGUAUUUUACUUUGUAAAGAGGAACAUCCAGUGUUGGGAUUGGCCUUACAAGUUGACGAAUGGCUUUGGGCGGCAACUACCGACUCCUCACUCCAUAAAUGGCCCGCACGUGAGCGAUCUGCUACUAAAACCUUACAAAGAACCAGCUCAUUCGUUGCUGGAUUACUUCCAUUUGCUCGUGCUAGAGCAAAUAUAGAUGGAUCAGCUCCUGUUCCUUUGUACAGUCAGCCUACUUCAGUGAUUCGUGGAACUCGCAUUGUGCAGCAUGCAAUUUUAAAUGAUCGACGUCACGUUCUAACCAAGGACGCGGCAUGCAUUGUGAAGCGCUGGGAAAUUACACGUGGAGCUGUAGUUGAGGAUUAUGGAAAGGUGGAUUUUGAAGAGAAAGAGAAGAAACUGUUUGAAAUGGUGAGCGUGCCAGCAUGGUUUACGAUGGACACAAGGUUAGGAAGUAUGUCUGUGCAUCUGGACACACCUCAAUGUUUCUCAGCAGAAAUGUAUGCUGUUGAUUUGCACGUCCCUGGUGCUUCAGAAGAACUCAAGUUGAACAUUGGUCAAGAAACACUACGUGGGCUCCUUGCACACUGGUUAACUCAAAGGCGAACGAAGGCAGUUGCACGUGCCACCCCAAAUGGGGAUGUUAGUCCCAGUUUGAGUUCUGGAGCUGGGGAACAUGCCUCAAGUCGGCUAACAGCUUUGGAUGACUCUCAACAUGAGCCGAACAACCAGCAGACACGUGUGCUGCGUUCUUUUGAAUUCUCAACCCAGUUUCCUCCAUCCAUCAUCUUUGAAUGCUCCCAGGGUGUACCAUGGAGGAAAAAAGCAACUGAACUUGAUGAAACAGUGGAUGAGAAGGAUCUGCCAGGGUGGUGUGUCGACUGUGUCCUUCAUGGACGUUCGUCUCAGCGUGAAAAUGCAAAGUGUAGCUUUUUUCUUCAUCCAUGUGAAGGUCAAACAAUCACCGUCCUCACUCAAGGCAAGUUAAGUGCACCACGGAUUCUCCGGAUACACAAAGUCCAAAACUAUGUAUUAGAAAAGUUACUCUUUGAGAGGCCUCUUGAAGAAACUGGGUUAAUGUCAAAUGCUUCAGCGGGUCAACAAAAUGCCAAUGGAAUAGGAGCUAAUACGUUUAGGCCUGGCUCAAGGAAUUGGCCACAAGGCACAAAACCUGUCGUGCAAAUUUUAUGUAACGAUCAGGUUCUGUCACCUGAUAUGAGUUUAGCGACUGUGAGGGCGUUUGUUUGGAAGAAACCAGAGGACCUAUACCUUCACUAUCGCACAGUUCCCAGUCGUUGAUUUAUUCUUUGUAAGUAUGGAUAUUUUUAGAUUCUCUCAUUGUGCAGGCCGUGCUUUGCUUAUUCUGGGUAUCAACAGGUUGCAUUGCACGAUCUUGCUACUUUGAUCUGUACAAUUGUUGGAAAGCUGUUAAUGGAUGCCAAUUGACACCAAUCUGGUGGCUUUAUAUUUUGUAGAGAGCACCUUUGUCACGUAAAUGUUCAUUUUGUUAUUUGAAACUUUCUUUACCUUAGGAAAGGAUAAGUUUCAAAUCUAGUCUGAACUACACGUUCAGUGUAUUUGUCUUCAUGUAUAGAGUGAAGUUUUAUAA